GAUGAAACAUUUGGAGAAUUUGUGAAACUCUCGAAACGCACUUAUUUCAAGCAAUUCUUGGACAUCAUGGAGUUGAGCGUUGAGCAGCGCAUUGCCGACGGCAAUGCCUUGUACAAGGAAGGUCGGUACACGGAAGCGCGGCGAGAAUACUCUGCAGCAAUCCAUACUCUGGACACAUCUGCCGACGCAACUCCAACUAUCCUGAGCCGAAUCCUUGCCAAUCGAGCACAGACGUACCUCCAAGAACGUGACUAUGCUCUGGCGUUGAAAGACGCCGAGGCCGCCGUCGAGAGCGAUCCAUUGAACGUCAAAGCACACAUGCGUCGCGUAAUCGCGACGGAGAACUUGGAGAAGUUUGAGACCGCCUUAAAGCAUGUCCGACACAUGCUCACGUUGUCGCUAGAUGCUUCGACGCUGUCCUUCGCAUUGACGACGCAACGCCGGCUCAAAUGCAAUUGCAAGUCGGAUACGGCCGCUGCGAAAGCUGAACGAUACGAGGUCGGGAAACUUGUGCACAGUCAGCAAUCAAUCCGACUCAACUUUGGGAGCAUGCUGCCGUCGCACCUCCCGGUCUCCCAGUGGGUCGAUGUUGUAUUCUUUGUCGCUAACGAGUUCGGACUCUUCCAACGCGGGCUCGUUUCAUCUUCCGUACCCCUUUCUGUGUCCAUCAAUAGUCUCUCUGGGACAUCACUGAAGGAUGUCGCGCUUGAAAUCGAUUCAAAGUCGUUGCCCGUCGAAAUUGGCGUUAACGGCAAAACCACAGUUCGCCUGCGCAUCAUCUCAACCGCGGCUAUCACCGCUGACCAUCCAUUGCCGCGACUGUCGCUCCGCGGCGACUUGGCGAAAGGCCACCACCUCGACGAUGUGCUUCCUGUCGUGUCAUUGCCGAUUCAAGCAACUCACCCCACGUCAUCCACCAUCUUGUUUGAGCACGAAAACGAUCCAUUAGGCAUCCAGUGCUGCCGCAGUGUGUGGGUGGACGGCGCCGAACGCUUCAUCACUCUGGCCGAAUCGCCUGGGAACCUCGGCAUCGGCGGCAAGUUGUGGGAUUCCAGCUUGAUUUUGACCGCGUAUUUGGCAGCACAUCCCGAGGUGAUCGCAGGACAACACGUAAUUGAGUUGGGCAGCGGCCUUGGCCUCAUCGGCCUCGCGUGCGCGGCGCUGUCGAGUGCGGCGUCCGUUGUCCUCACCGACAUAGACGAUGUCGUGCCUCUGCUUGAGUACAACGUGCGACUGAAUGAUCUCCAGGACGAAGCUUCUGUGCGACCUCUUUGGUGGGGAACUUCUAUUGAGCACCUCAGCGCUCCUUAUGACGUUGUGUUGAUGUCGGACGUGGUGUACGAUCCAUUCGGGUAAUGCUGCGCCACAACGACAUGCAUCUCACGUCUAGGACUUGAACUCAAGUAGAUACGAGCCCCUCAUUGCAUCGUUGCGCGACCUCACAACACCCAGCACUACGAUUCUCAUGGGGCAUCGAUCACGGCAUCCCCAAGAAAAGCAGUUCUUUGACAGUCUCGACAACGAGUUCACGCUGACUCCAAUUCCCAUCGACGAGCAGUCGGGUGCUGUGUGGGCGCAUCCGUCGCGCAUGACAGACGUCAAGCUGUUUUCCAUUCGGAAGAAGAACUAGAGCUUCGCUGUCACCGCCAUUUUCGCCAACAUCGCCGCCGAUGCCAGUUCUCGUUACAUGGAACAGGUGUAUUCAAAAAUCGACGGAUUUUUCAGAAUACUAUGUACGAUGUUAAUAAAUCAAAAAUACACCUAAUUCCAAAAAAUCCAA